AUGGUAGUAGCAGCAAAUGGUUACAAGGCGCAGAAAGAAGCGUUCGUCUCUAACUUGACAGGCGGUAGUGUGUGGGAGAUCAACACUGUUACUCUUGUAGCACCGACUGCAGUCUUACUCUGGUCCGUCCUGCAGUCUCGACAGCGUUUCUUCAUUCCUUACACGCCUGCUGCAUGCUUGACCGACUUCCUUCUCAACUGUGCGGCCAUCCUCUUCGCGACCACACUCUACUCCUCGUUCCCUGUAGCCUUGAAUUUGCUGCUUCUCGCGCCGGCGACCUUGGCGUAUUUCACUCCAGCAGCUGCGCCGAGACAUGCUAGGGUCAAGGUGGCUGGUGCGCCCAAGGGGCAGCAGACUUCUCCUGCUGGCUUGUCAGACCCCUUUCCUAUCAAGCCGUUCGUCACUGCCUACAGAGGCACCAUGAUGGUGGUCACCUGCGUUGCUAUUCUGGCCGUGGACUUCAAAGUCUUCCCGAGGCGAUUUGGCAAGGUGGAGAACUGGGGAACAUCACUAAUGGAUCUCGGGGUCGGUUCUUUCGUCUUCUCAGCAGGCCUUGUGGCAGCAAGAUCAGCAUUGACGGGGCGAACUGGCAAGAUGCCCUCCUUGAAUAAGCGUCUUGUCACGGCUGCCCGGCACUCUCUGCCGUUGCUUAUACUAGGCUUUGUUCGGCUGUACAGUGUCAAGGAACUCGACUAUGCCGAGCAUGUCACAGAGUAUGGGGUUCACUGGAACUUCUUCUUUACCUUGGGCUUAUUGCCUCCAUUUGUCGCUCUCUUCCAGUCACUGUUCAGCAUCAUCCCAUCUUAUGCUGCGCUAGCGCUGCUGUUGGGGGUCAUCUACGAAGCUAUUCUGGACUUCACAGAUCUCAAAGCCUUCAUACUCACCGCCCCGAGGACCGACCUGCUAUCGAAGAAUCGGGAAGGAGUAUUCUCAUUCUUCGGCUAUCUCGCCAUCUUCCUAGCUGGCCAAGCAACGGGAAUGUAUGUGCUGCCGAGAGAACAAACGCCACCGACGGACGCAGCGUUCAGCGCACAACUCCGGAAAUCUGUCUUGGGCAAGUUGGCGCUAUGGUCGGUCGUCUGGACCUUACUCUUCGCAUUCUCGACAAGCUACUACGGACUGGUGUUGUCAGUCUCGCGACGUCUUGCCAAUCUGCCCUACUUCCUCUGGGUAGCCGCUUUCAACUGCGGCCAGCUUGCUCUCUUUUGCGCCAUCGAGAGGUUGUGCUUCCCCAGUCUACGAGGAGCACCUGACGAUGAGACGGAGAGGCAGAGGUGCAGGGAAGCCACAAGUAGAGUCUUGCAUGCUUUCAACAGGAACGGACUUGCUAUCUUCCUGCUUGCAAACCUGUUGACAGGACUGGUCAAUCUGAGUUUGCCGACAUUGAACAUGGGGCAUUUGCAGGCUAUGGCUGUAUUGCUUGCAUAUGUAAGCGUAUUGGCUGGAGUAGCUUUGAUAUUAGAUAGUCGCAGUAUCUCUAUCAAGCUGUAG